UAGGCUUGUCUCUCGUUCUUUCUUCUCACAGUUGGCCUUGGCGAAUCACUUGCACACUAACUCUGGGUAGUGUUGACACAACUACUCUAAGAAAGAAUCUGUGGUGUUUUUUUGCAUUUCGUAGAUCUUUGAACUUUGUCGUGGCACGUGUCAAGUUUUGUUACUUCCGUUCUUGCAUCAGCUGAUAGUAAAUAAAAACAUGGCGGACUGGCGGCCCAAUUCAUCGAAGCGGGUUCCCAUUCGAAUGAACGAUUUCUCGCUCAUUGAUGCCGAAUUCGGCAACAUGCGAGAGAGAUUUGAUGCUGAAAUGAGGAAAAUGGAGGUGGAUAUGGAUAAAUUUCGGUCGGAUGCAUUGGAUCGGGAGUCCAGUUUGUUCAAGAACUCGUCCAGUCACUCAAGCCACAAGGUCCAAAGCUCUUCCAUGAUGAGAAAAACCGUCAAUGGGAAAGACGUAUUUGAUGAACGAUCCUCGUUCCAAAGUUCCUCAUCUUCCGGUGAUCCCAAAGGCGAGGUCAUCCCUGGAUCCGGAUUGGGUCGCCACUCGAAUUGGCUCCAAGGACCAAAAUCCCCGUUGAUCCAGGAUACGGAAGCUGGUCAAAAAGAACUGAAGCUGCGAUUUGAUGUCAGUCAAUAUUCCCCGGAAGAAAUCAUGGUCAAGACAGUCGACAACAAACUACUGGUUCAUGCUAAACAUGAGGAAAAAGGAGGGGGUCGCAAUGUGUUCCGAGAAUACAAUCGUGAGUUCUUAUUGCCGGAUGGUACGGAUCCAGAAACCAUACGAUCAUCUCUGUCUCAAGAUGGAAUCCUGACGGUGGAAGCUCCUCUCCCUCAACCAGCAUUAACCCACAAGAAAUGAGAAGAGCAAUCAAUGCACAAAAUGCUUCUUGAAUCUCGCCUUUUAACUAACUUUGCACACACACCGCAGCUCUAAUGCCUCUCAAAAGAUUGUACUUAUUAUCUCCAGCAAUGUCAGCGUACUGUAUUAUCGUAGCUAGCAUUUAACGAUAUUAUUAAAAUUUGACCAUCACAUGA